AUGGCGUCAGCAACCAUCGUCCUCAUAACCGGUAAGUCGACGCCCAUCGCAUCACAGUCGCACCGGCCUGUCAACAGGCCUGCUUUUGCUGAUGACGCCGUAGGUGCCAACUCUGGCAUCGGGUUCGCCACUGCAGGGGUCAUCGCGUCGGCAUCGUCAAUCUACCACGUCCUGGUCGGCAGUCGGAAUCCCGCGAACGGAAAGAAGGCGGUUGAGGAUCUCAUGGCGACCGGGAACAUCAAGGGCACGCUGACAGACGUCCAAAUCGAUGUUUCAGAUCAGUCGUCAGUCGAUGCUCUCGCCAAAUCCAUCGACGAGAAGUUUGGCCGCCUGGAUGUACUGAUCAAUAAUGCUGGAAUAGCCCCCACCGACGGCAGCCUGAGAAGUAUCAUGGACCGGACAUUUCAAACCAACGUCACCGGACCUCUGGUGUUGACCGAGGCUCUCAAACCAUUGCUGCUCAAAUCAAAGAACCCGUACUCGAUAUACGUAUCCAGUGGGCUCGGGUCCCUGUCCCUGGCGGACUCGGAAAAGACACUCGCGUUUGACUAUCCGGCGUACAGCGCCAGCAAAUCCGCGCUCAACCAGAUGAUGAUUUACGAAUCGAAGAUCAACGCCAAAAAGGGCCUCAACGUGAAGUCAUUCGCGGUGUGCCCAGGCUUCGUCCGCUCGCAUUUGCGCGGGAGGACGGAGGAACAGAUCAGCGGAUGGGGUGGUGCUGGCGAUCCCAAGGUCUCUGGACAAACCAUUCUUUCCAUCGUCGAGGGGAAGCGUGACGCCGACGUUGGCAAGUUUGUACACAAGGACGGCGUGUACCCAUGGUAA